AUGUCGACACACGCCAAAGGCAAGCUCCGCAACGUCGAGGUUCUCUUCUUCGACGUCUUUGGCACCGUCGUCGACUAUGUCGGAACUAUCACCAAAGCACUGCAUCGAGAGAUCCGCUCCGCGCAAAUAGCGGACACUAAUCUACUCCAGGCUCUGCAAGAAGUUUAUGACUGGCAACACUUUACCAUAAAGUGGCGGGAGGAAUACAAGAGCGAAACGCAGCGACUCGCAGGCAUCGGCAAUCCCGAAAAGAUUACUGUCGACCAAAUGCAUCUCACCGCUCUCAAUCGGCUGAUCGCCUCACUUCCUGUGCCCACAGAUGCCACGUCGCCAUCGAUCGGUAGCUAUUCCAUAGAUGUUGCCUCUGAAGCAUUGGAGCAUGCUUGGACACAAGAAGCGAGAGAUCGUCUCAAUUUCACUUGGCAUUUGCUCGAACCUUGGCCUGAUUCGGUUGCAGGUAUGGAGACGCUCAAGACAUGCUUCAAGAUCGGAACAUUGACAAAUGGUAACCUCAAUCUGAUGGUCGAUAUGGCGAAGAACGGUAAGCUACUAUGGGACUUCUUGCUCACAGCCGAUCUGCUUGGUAGCUUCAAGCCGGAUCCUGAGAUGUACAAGAAGAGCAUGCGCCUCUUCAAUAUCCAGCCAGACGUUGACGGACAUCGAGCAUGUAUGGUUGCUGCACAUCUAUACGACCUCCAAGCUGCCAAGGCAUGCGGUAUGACUACAGUCUUCGUCUCAUCAAGGCCGACCGAAGACACUCUACCUCAGGACGGAAAGCCAGACUAUGUAGACGUUGUUGUCGCUGAUCUUUCAGGACUGGCACAGCUCAUACAAUGA